AAUGCAGGGCUCAAACUCACGACCUGUGCGAUCAUGACCUGAGCUGAAGUCGGUUGCCCAACCGACUAAGCCACCCAGGGACCCCGUAUCAGCCAAGUUUUUAGGGAGACACCAAGGAAUCUUGUUACAUCUGUCUUGGCUUAACCUUCCAGGUCAUAGGAGGGAUCGGAAGUCCUAUCAAUCUUACUGGUAAGUUACAGCUCUUUCCCCCACAUUUAUCAAAAUGCCCAUGUCAUUUAAGGAGUACCCAUAACACCUCAUGACUUAGCUACACGCACUUUCUUGUUCUAGCCAUCUGCAGCUGUUCCUACGGAAGCUGAUGGAUGUUUUGUGCUUUGGCAAUAUCUCAGCCCUAGGCCUGCUCCCCUGAGGCUGCUAGAAGGCUAUGCUCUGCAGAUGAUCCCAGUCACCUACUGGGCAGAAAGCCUGUAAUUCCAGGAUUGCUGUCAUAUGUCACCACCAUCAAGCAAUCCCACUGAUUUAGGACCCCUGCUAACUCAUUCACAUUUUUAAAAACAAAACCACCUAUACUCAUUCAUUCUAUUCACCCAUAGUUCAAGUAAGUCCCAUAUCAGUCUUGAUUGCCCUUCCCCUGGGAAAAGGCAGGUAGGCCAGACUUUGAACUUGCCACAGCUGGGUCCAUUCUUCUAGUGGGAUGAUCCGGAGCAGAUAACUGGAUGAGAGUCCAUCUGUACAAAAGGGGGAUCUGGGGCCAUUGUUAGAUCACAUAUGCUGAAGCAACUUCCCAAAGAAGGGAGCUAAGGGCCUUAUCCAAUUGCCUGCAACAUGAUAGACUGGUGCUUCUUUCCUAGACAAGUCUGAAAAGGGGUCAACACUAUUUCUGAAGACCUCACUAUUAGAAUUUUAUUUUGAUUACGGUGACCUCACUAAGCUAUUUUGGAAUCAAAGUGUGGCUAGGUGCCUGGUUUCCCUCAGUGGCUUCACGUGGCCUUCAAAGGGAAGGAGAGGGUGGUGCUUUUGGUAAAAUGGGUAAUAGCGUCCAAGCCAGUAACAUAAUCACUCAAAGUCCAAAUGAGGGAUCAGUAAAUACAACGUGCCUGAAAGGCAGGCCUUGAGCACAUUCCUCUGGUAGACAUUAACUUAUUACAUCGACCGUGGUUGCAAAUAUAAACUUUGCCCCCAUCUCACCUGGCAACCAUAAAAGUGGUGAAUUUGAGUCUAUAAAAGGAAGUGGGAACUGCCCCCGGAUUUCAGGCUCCAACAGCCUCCCUCUGUCAAGAUGUGGCAUCUCAAACUCUUUGCGGCGCUCAUGAUCUGCUUGCUGCUGUUGGACCAGGUAGAUGGCUCCCCCAUGCUGGAACCGAGUUCAACAAAGAGAAGGCCACGGAGAAUGACUCCAUUUUGGAGAGGGGUUUCCCUCAGGCCCAUCGGAUCCUCUUGCAGAGACGAUUCUGAGUGUAUCACGAGGCUGUGCAGCUGCUCGGCUUGGUCCCAAAUUUCGGUGGCAUAGAGGAAGUUGGACGUAACCUGAACAUAGCUGGCUGCCAUCUGGUGGAUCCUCUGUGGAAUGGUCACCGAAGAACCACUUGCUGAAGCACUACUGGCCCCAGAAGAAUAAUUUCCUGAAUUGCCUGGCGACAGCUUUGGAGAUACAGGGGAAGGCAUCCCAACAGCUUUGCUACACACAGAGAAACAGGAAACUUAUUCAUAUGAAUAUGGUGAAUGUGAUGAAACCAAUGUUCUACUGGCUCUUCUUCCAUGAAAGCUUUUAAAAUUUAAAGAUUCUUUUAAACCAGAAGAGUUCCCAGAGAAGUACAAUUCCUUCUAAGUAAGUACUUAGCUCACUAAAGCCCAUGGUGAACCAUC